CACCAUCAUUGGAAGUCUUCAUCACCAGAGUCAACGAGCAUCAUGAGGUACAGGGUGGUCACUACUUACCUCAUGUACCUGCUGUUGGUGCCAAGCCUGGCUCAGGAGUUAAGUGCUCGUGUAGCCGAUGGCACAGCGGAGGCGGGACGUCUGGAAAUCUUUUACAAUGGAACUUGGAACACAGUGUGUCGUGACGGUUUUGGACAGAAAGAGGCUUUGGUAGCCUGCAGAAUGUUAGGAUUCAACAGCACAACAGCAGUAGCCGUGGGGUCAGCCAAGUACGGAGCAGGCUCUGGUCCUAUUCUGUUCAGUUACCUGCGGUGUGUGGGGAACGAAACCAGCCUGGCGCAGUGUGAACACUGGGGGCUUUACAUACACUACUGUGAACACUGGCAGGAUGUCGGCGUCAAGUGCAACUUUACUCAACAGUUUACAGCUCGUGUGGUCGGUGGCACAGCGGAGGCGGGACGUCUGGAAAUCUUUUACAAUGAAACUUGGAACGCAGUGUGUGGUACAGGGUUUGGACACAAAGAAGCUUUGGUAGCCUGCAGAAUGUUAGGAUUCAACAGCACAACAGCAGUAGCUGUGGGGUCAGGCAAGUACGGAGGAGGCUCUGGUCCUAUUCUGUUCAGUUACCUGCAGUGUGUGGGGCACGAAACCAGCCUGGCGCAGUGUCAAUACCCAGGGCUCUACAGACACAACUGUGACCACUCAGAGGAUGUCGGCGUCAUGUGCAACUUUACUCAAGAGUUAAAAGCUCGUGUGGUCGGUGGCAGAGCGGAGUCGGGACGUCUGGAAAUAUUUUACGAUGGAACUUGGAACACAGUGUGUGGUGACGGUUUUGGACAGAAAGAAGCUUUGGUAGCCUGCAGAAUGUUAGGAUUCAACAGCACAACAGCAGUAGCCGUGGUUACAAUUAAGUACGGAGCAGGCUCUGGUCCUAUUCUGUUAGAUAACCUGCAGUGUGUGGGGAACGAAACCAGCCUGGAGCAGUGUGAAUACUCGGGGCUCUACAGACACAGCUGUGGACACUGGCAGGAUGUCGGCGUCAUGUGCAACAUUACUCAGCAGAUGUCAGCUCGUGUAGUUGGUGGCACAGCAGACGCUGGACGUCUAGAGAUAUUGUACGAUGGAACUUGGAACACAGUGUGUGACAUUGGCUUUGGACAUGAAGAGGCCUUGGUAGCCUGCAGGAUGCUAGGGUUUAACAGCACAACAGCAGUAGUCGUGAGGUCAGGCAAGUACGGAGCAGGCUCUGGUCCUGUUCUGUUCAGUGAACUGCAGUGUGUGGGGAACGAAACCAGCCUGGCGCAGUGUACACACUUGGGGCUCUACACACACAUCUGUAAACACUGGCAGGAUGUCGGCGUCAUGUGCAACAUCACCACACCAAUGACAGCCCGGUUGUAUGGCGGCACGUCUAAGGCAGGACGUCUAGAAAUAUCGGUCAACGGAGAAUGGACUACAGUGUGUAAGGAUGGAUUUGGACAGAGCGAAGUAGAGGUGGCCUGCAGGAUGCUGGGAUUUAACAGCACUGGGGAAGCAGUUGUGAAGUAUCUUCUCGUAAACGAUGGCUCACGAUUUCAAUUUGGGUAUAUAAAGUGUCAAGGAAUGGAAACAAAUCUUCAACAAUGCGAUAUAGGACAACUUAACAAAACCAGCUGCCUGGAUGUCGGUAUCAUUUGUGAGUUCAAAAGCUUGAGUCUGCGACUGACAGGACCUCGCCGUACAGACAGUAACAUGGGGCGUGUAGAAGUGGAGAUUGGAAGUAAACAAUUUAGCACAGUGUGUGUAAACAACGAGAAAACUGCCGCAGUCAUCUGCAGACAACUCAAAUUAAGCCCACACAGUGCUGCACUGAUAGACGGUUGGUUGUUGGGACUAGACAAGAAACCUUUACUUCAAACUACUUUUGUUUGUGAGGGAACAGAGAGCAGCCUGGAUGAAUGUAGGCGGAGUAACACUGCGAAGGACUGUUACUCUGAUGAUGUUGGUGUCUCUUGCAGCACAGAUAAAAUUUUAAUAGUUUCUCCGGACGAACGGUACCCGUUUAUAGAAGGAGCAAACAAAGCUCUGAGGUGCGUGACAACACGAAAGUAUGAAUGCGUCGGUGAGAUCACAUGGAGAGACACAGCUGGCGGUCGUCCUUAUCUGGAAUUUCUGAGUUUUUACAAUCUGACUAAAGAGUACAAUGGACGUGAAGUGGGCUGCAGCACCUCCUGCCGUGAACGGGAUUCUAAUUCUACCUUUAUCACAUUCUAUGCUUUUCAUAGGCUAAACGUUUAUUAUAAGCCGUUGAUUACAAUAACAUGGACUAACAACACCGGGGAACAACAGCCCUUGUCAAGUCUUUCUGAGUUAAACCCUGGACACAACGUGACCCUGUGGUGUAAAGCUGACAGCAACCCUCGCCCCGCGUCCAUCACGUGGUCAGGAAGAGUGAACAGCACGACUGGGGAGUUACGGAUCCUAGCGGCAGACCACGUGACACACAGCGGUGUGUACACCUGUACCGUCGUCACUCGCAAAGUUGGUGAUGACGACAGACUUCCGCUGACCUCAUCUUACCAGCUCACCCUCAGUGUUCAAGGUUGACAUUUACUUUUGUUGUUUAUUCUAAUA